AUGUCAUCUGAACUUAAUAACUUUUGUCAAAAGAUCAUUCAAAGAUUCCAAGGAUCAUCUAUAGUAAUUGCAGAUAAGGAUGGUUUUGUUUUAGCCAAGGCUAUUGACCACGACACUAUGGAAGAAAAAGUAAUCGACAGUUCAUUUUUAUCUACCUUUUCAUUGGCAUCUGAUCAGGCUGGUAAACUUUUAUUUGGAAAGAACAAGAGCAUUGUUUCAUAUUUUGACGAUAAAUUGGUAUUUCAAAUCAAUGUUCAAAACAUUAUAACCAAUAUUCCUCAACGACAACAUUUAGCACCACCCGACAUUUGA